CUUAGAAGUUCAUUUCCAGGGCAUAUCGAGGGCUGCAAACGACCAGCCGUGUGAUUCGCAAUGUCCGAGUGUGCAUUUCAAUUUCAACUUACCAAGCGUGUAGUUUCGUGGACUUGAACUGUCUAUCAAAAUCUUCGGUUACAACAGUCAGUGCAGUGUUCGGUUAGGUGUGAGAUACGGUUUUCCAUCUCGGGAGAAGUUGCAGCAUCCUCAUCGCGCAAUCUAACAACUGAACUGUAGAUCACACACAAAGUGUAUUAGGUUUCACAGCCCAAGUGCAAUGAUUUACGUAAAUUCUGACGCACUGACCGGUUAUCUCACGCUAGUGCUUGUUUGUUUGGCUGGAUUCGCUGUCUGGUUCGUGUCAACGUCAGGAACUCGAUACUGGCAGUUCUUCAGUGUGCCGUUCGUCGAGGGGAGGCCCCUGGUGGGAAACUUCCUAGAUGCGUUUCUGUUUCGGAAGAGCACCUUCGAGCUGAUGGAUGCUCUUUACCAAAAUCCCAAGGUCGUCGGCGCAAAGCUGUUCGGAGUGAGCAUUAUGAUGCAGCCUGCGCUGGUAAUACGAGAUCCAGAGCUCGUCAAGCAGGUUCUCAUCAAAGACGCGGCGUACUUUAGUAAUCGGUACAUGUGCACCGACAGAUUACACGAUGCAAUCGGUUAUUACAACCUGUUGAUGAUAAAGAACCCCCACUGGAAGCAGCUGCGUGCCUACUUGACACCGACACUAAGUUUGAACAAAAUCAAACGAAUGUAUAGCCUCGUCGACCAGAUCGGCAAAGACAUGCUAGCCCAUUUGGACGAAAUCCCUCAGAAACCAUCGAAACUUCGGGAAACAGAAUUCAAGGAACUGUGUGCCCGGUUUACCACGGACGUGAUAGCCAGUACGUUUUUCGGCAUUCAAGCCAAAUGCCUCAGUGACGAAGAGUCCGAGUUUCGCUACUAUGGACGGAAAAUUUUCGAGUAUGGGCCCAAACGAGCGCUCAAUAUGGCGGCGUUUUUCUUCAUGCCGGAACUGGUGCCCUAUCUGGGUUUUAAACUGUUCCCGAGGGAUACGGAACGGUUUCUGAAAACAAUAAUUGAGCAGGAAAUUGCUAGGAGAGAGACCAGUGGCGAGAAUCGUGGGGAUUUCAUUGACUCGAUGAUUGCGCUGAAGAACAACGAUGCCACGAUUGGAGUGGAGGAGAAAAUUCUGCUUAAGGGUGAUAUCUUAGUAGCACAAGCUGCCACCUUCUACAUGGCCAGUUUCGAAACCACAUCCUCAGUAUUAUCUUUUACACUGUAUGAGCUGACUAAAAAUCCCGAAAUCCAGCAGCGUCUGCGCGAGGAAAUCCGUAACUGCAUCCUAAAGCACGGCCAGGACCUUCCAUACGAAUGCCUAGUCAACGAGAUGCCCUAUCUGGGCAUGGUCAUCUCGGAAGCGGCCCGACUCUAUCCCGUGUUACCGUUCAUCGAACGCCAAUGUUCUCUGCCAGCAGGGGCCACCGGGUACAAACUGGAACCGUUCCACGACUUUGUCGUGCCGAACAAGAUGCCCGUUCUUGUGCCCAUCUAUGCCAUACACCGGGAUCCGAAGUACUUCCCGGAUCCACUACGCUUCAACCCGGAAAGGUUCUCGAAGGAAAACAUCGACUCCAUUCUUCCUUGCAGUUACAUGCCAUUUGGUGUAGGACCCCGAACUUGCUUGGGGUCACAUUUUGGAACGCUCCAGAUCAAAGUUGCGAUCGUUAGGCUUCUCUCUCGGUAUAGGAUCGUCCGAUCGGAGUCUACACCGGAAUUGCUGACCUAUCGGAAGAACGCAUUUACUUUACACUCGAAUGAAGGUCUGUACGCCGAUUUGGAGCGGGAUGAGUUGUGUUAAUAGUGCGAGGCGUUACGUGUGUGAACGUAAUUCCCUUUGGAAAAUAAAUAUU